AUGCUUCAUUUAAGCAAAGCAGAACGUGAGUAUUUUGAUGCCGCCUAUAGUUUAUCCAACGAGGCUAUAGAGAAGCUCGUUGAACUUCAGGGCAAGCUAGGUUUGGUAAAAGAUGAUGACGUGACAUAUACUGUUACAAUUGAUCAUGGUAAAGGUACAUAUACAUGCAAUACAGAAAAAGGGGAGUCUUCAUGGUGCAAACAUCUUUAUAUGUACCAUAAAAUGAGGUUCUUGGUAUUUGGAGAUAACAUGGAGAAGCAAAUGGAUUUUCCUGUGGAAGACUCCCAGGAUUAUUUUUCGGAUGAAGAUGAUGGUUCUUUUUCGGAUAUUGAAUUGGAGAAUCAAGAAAGAGAUUUUCAUUUUGAUAACGAGCUUGCUUCUAGCUAUGAUGAUCCUCUGGAUAUUAUUGAUGUUGUUAAUCUGACGAGUUCUAAUAAUGAAGGAACGUCUACAGGGCAGUCUGAUCAAAAUAUACCCCAAAAAACUUUUGAAGAGUUAAGUACAGAAAUUGAAGGUUAUUUGGAAAACAUUUCAAAAAGAUACAAGGAAAUACUUGAAAAUUCACCUGAGAAAGUUAGCGAACUUGCACUUUACAUGAGAAGUUUUAGUCAACAAUUAGAGUAUAUCUCAACAGGUAAACAAGACCUUGAUCAUGAUCCAAAACGCAGAAAAAAAAAUUAG